CUCCAAUCAAAACCCAUCCGUCUCUCCGUUCGCAAAAUGUGAGUCAUGGCUGUGUGCUUCUUCUGCACCGGCCGCGUUGUGUGGCUUCUGACCAGAAACCCUAAUUCCACUUCCAUGGCUUCCAAGCCCUUCUCUGCAACCUCUGUUCCAAAACCUGACCCUAACCCGUACCCUAGCCCUAGUCCUAAGGAGGCGUAUGUAAUAUUACCUAAGAAGAAGCCCCUGAAAUGGUCGACUGGUGACGCUCCAGGUGAAUAUGGUGGACCUCCAUUGACGAGCAAGCUCAGGAAGUAUUGGGGUGGAGGAAACGAGGACCCAUUGACUGCAACCGAUGAUUUCAUUUGGAAUAAGGAGUUUAUGGGUCGGAUGAAGCGGUUGCUUGAAGAGGACAAGCCAGUCGAGCCUCCUGCUAAGGAAGAACCAUCUGGAUUUCUUAGCUUGAAUAGAGCAAUGAGUCUUGACAGUAUCGAGAUUGACUUGAGUGAAGAGCUUUGUAAACCUUCAAAGCCUGUGUUAGAACAACAAGUGGAAGCCGCUAGGCUUGGUCAGUCAUUAAGUGCGGAUGCUGGCAGUAGUGGAUUCAAGUGGAGAUUUGUGCCAACACGACGUGAACAAGCGAAAUGGGACCGAGCUACUAAGGCUGCAACUGGUGGAAGCGAUGUAAUGUUGCGCAAUUUAAAACGAAGUAGAGAGGACCCCAAGAUUUUAGCAGCUCGAGCCAGGGAGCAAUAUCGUCAGUUGAAACAAAAAAUGCAACUUCUUACAGUUGGUAUAGGUGGGAUUGGCAUUCUAUCUGCUUAUGUUAGCUAUUCUCCAGAAAUUGCUGCGAGCUUUGGUGCUGGAUUGCUUGGAUCUAUCUUCUACAUACGUAUGCUGGGUAAUAGUGUGGAUUCUGCGGCAGGUGGAGGGGGAGCUAAAGGUCUUCUCAGGGGAGCAAUUGGACAGCCGAGGCUAUUCGUACCAGUGAUCUUAGUCAUGAUCUAUAAUCGUUGGAAUGGGAUGCUUGUACCGGAAUAUGGAUUUUUGCAUCUUGAUUUGAUUCCAAUGCUCGUUGGGUUCUUCACUUAUAAGGUUGCUACAUUUGUGCUUGCCAUACAAGCUGCUCUGCCUCUCGUUGAGAAGAAAGAACAGGCGUAAUAUUAUAGGUACAUGUGGCUCCAUCCUCUUAUUCCCCUCUCACCCUUACUAUUGUUGCCUGAUAUUUAACCAUUUUGAAAAGAAUUCACGUGGGGCAGGCAAAAAUAUGUAUUUUCCCAUUACAGCACACUGAUUACAUAUUUUGGGGAUAAUUGAUGCCCCUCAAGAUGCUUAUGAUUCUGAGAAUGUUCAUAGCAUAUGUGAAAGAAUGUGUCUUAUGAAUUCAUGUUGUUAGAGAUCAUUUGGUUCUUUAAUUGGAUUGUGCCUUUCAAUUUCUUGAUUGUUUGUCUGGGUUACCCAAUGACAAUGAAUUAUUCAA